CCACAUUUGGGUUGACGGAGGGCAGAGUGCGCGAGCCCGGGCAAUGUCCUUUGAGGUCUCCUCGAGAGUAACCCUUCGUUUCACAAUUGCGCAACACGGGCAGGGAAACCUCUGCGCGGCGCCAAGAAUCCUGACCUCCCUUCCUCUCCCGUUUUGCUCAAGGGCCCAUCCCUGGCGGGGGCUUAUCCUUCUCGCCCGCCCUGAGGAAGGCCGAGGGGUUCAAUCGUCCCUCUCCCGCCUCCUCUCCAGGCCCCUUGGCGGGCCCGCCCGCUCCCCUGAGGGCGAAAGCGGAGAGGGGCGGAGUCGAGGGCCGCCCCCACUGCCCAUGCGCAAGCAGGGCGAGUGAGUUUACCGCCUCAGCAGCAGCCGCUGCUGCUGCAUUUAGCCAUAGCGGCUCAUCGCCGCAGACAGCGCCGCCGCCGUCUCUUUUGCUCCUCCUCAGGCCAGAGAAGCCAGCCAGCCAUGCCGCCUCCGGGUCAGGUCCGGAUGCCGGACUGGGACGCCCUGAAGCUCCGCGUGCGGAGCCUGAUCAGCUCCCACCGGGUCAUGAUCUUCAGCAAGAGCUACUGCCCCUUCUGCAGGAAGGUGAGGCGCGGAGGGAGGAAGCGGGCGUCGCCUUGGCAACGACCCGGCAAGGGCAGCGGGGGCGUCGGAGGCCCGAGGAGGCCGCGCUGCCCGCCGCCGGGAGAGGGGGGGAACUAGGCCCCCCACCUCUCGAGGGAGCGCCUCUUCACAGCGCAGGCUCACGCCGCGCCGCGGUGGGAGUGAGGGGCAGGGGGCGCGCAGACAGGGCCCUGCUGCCUUCAGUAUCCGCGGAGACGCCCGCGCAUCCUCCUCACCGGACAGCCCGCUCCCUUGAGGCUUGGCUGCGGUUGCGGGGUGAGUGUCCCGGAGUGGCUCCCCCAGGGUCGGCUUUGUGAGCGUCGAGUGACCAGAGCCUAGCAGGAAUGGCGAGGGGCCUCGACCGCCCUCUGCCUCGGUGGAUUUUAUUGGUUUCUCUAAUGGCAUUCCUCUUGCAGUCACCUUUUCCUCGCCCUCCUCGUUCUUGCAAGGCUAUCCAGAUGCUUGGAAAGGCUGGUGCGAAUUCUAAUCUGAUUCGGUGUUUUAACUUAUUGUAUGCGUUAAUGAGACCUCCGGGUAUAGGGGCAAUGCUGUAUAUAAAUUCAAUUAAUAAUAGUAAUAAUAAUGUGUAGCAGUUUCCACACACAUACCCCGGUUUUAUGGUUUUAGCUUUUUGUAAACCGUUCUGAGAUCUGCUUGCAAGCAGGCUGUGUAUAGGUUUUAUGAAAUAAACAAAUAGGUUUAAUCUCCCUUGCCAGCUCUGUGAGGUAGGUUAGGCUGAAAAGCGGUGUCUGGGCCAAAGGUCACUCAGUGAGCUGCAUGGCUGAGUAGGGAUUCAUUCACGCUCUUGCCUCUGACACACUAACUACUACACCAUACUGUCUCUCGAUGUUGACCUGGUAUUGCUUUAUUGGGGGAAAGGACACGAUUCAAGGUGGGCCUGAACUAGAAGUCCGAGUCUUCAUAACCCACUGCCCUUCUGCUUCAAUGCCAGGGUUUCCUAAUUAAUUACCAAAUGGACUAAAAUUUUAAAGAUGCUGUUUUGGAACGAAACCUCAUUGAAAUAACAGACAACUGUGUCCAGGAUCAGACUUCAGAUCUGUUUGUAGGUCAUAUGUCUUUGAUCAGUUUGUGGAAUCCAGUUGUGAUUCCUGACUUACUUUAUGUGUUAGAGGUGUGGGGCAUAAGAUUGGAAAUAGAAAAGGCAGUAAAACCAGUAUCUAUUAAAUAGGGAUUAAAUGUGGUGUUUUUUAAAGACAUAUUUGGGACCUGUAGCUCAAAAUAAGUUCACUUCAGCUGACUUGAAGAUAGCUCAGCUGUGUUAGGCAUUUAACUGGCUAAAUCUGUCAUUCAGGGGAAAUAUGUUUUGAUCAUCAGAAGUCUGUUAAAUCUUUUCAGUGGGGAUGAAGAGCCUGAAGUAAUCGUAGGGUGGUAAAUAAAUAAUAAUAAUAACAAUAAUAAGAUUAAUUAAGGUGUGUAUUUUUCUCUCCCUUUGGUGUGUCAGGCGCCCACAUCAGAGCUUUUGAAAUAAAGGCUUCCCUGAUGGAACUAGGGAUGGGCAACAAGUCGAACCGCAAGAGACAGUCUCUAACUUUAUCUUAUGUUUGUGGCUGCAGCUAAUAUGUAUUCUUUAAGCAGAUAAGCUGAUGAUUAAAGCUUCUAUAAUAUGAUCAUGAGGAACAACAGAUCAGUUAGAUGACAUGUUCAUCUCUUAUUACUUGUGCACUUUUUGACAUGUCACUGGAAAUGGAAGUUUUGUAUUAAGAGAUUUGUAUGAUUUAAUUGGUUUCCUAGUCAAAAUAUUGCUUAUGGACCACCAUAAUGUUUUUAAGUGUGGUUAGUUUUUGCAUGUCACAUUGACAUGUAAAGGAAAGGCUGGGGAAAAGAGGAAACAGAACUCUGUGUUGAGCAAGUGCUUUUUCCUGGCCCUGUACAGCUCUUACCCUCUGUAUGGAAAGUCAUAACUGGUCCAAAUCAGGAAGCAAUCUAAUACCAAAAAUGAGUCAGAGCAGAGCUAAAAAAUUAUAUGGGUAAAAGAUCAUAUGUUCUUCUUGAACUAGUUGUCAAGACUGAGUAUGAGUAUAGGCUACUGUGUGUUGAAAUCCCCUUACACUACCAGAAAACAAUCAAAUAACAUAGUAGUAAGCAAUUAGGGAGCUGAAGUGAAACGUUGAUAGUGAAUUAACACAAGUAAUAGGUAACAGGUAAUAGUUAUCUAAAUAAUAGUAAAGGCUUUAAUAUCCUCAAACGGUGGAGCCCGGACAAAGUCCGGAAAUGGAUCCUGGAGAGAGACGCUCUGUUAGAUACCACAAAAAUACAGAUCCCAGGGUCCUCCCACUGGCUUCCCCGACUGAAAGCAGUCAAAAUAUGCGCCAACUACUUGGCGAAUAUCACCAAUCCCACUCUUCGGAGAGCCUUUACUAUGGCCCGUUUUCAAACCAUUCCUACGGCCUAUCUGUCAGGCAGAUAUGCAAAAAUCCCAGUAGAGCAGCGGAUAUGUCCUUGUUAUAUGAGAACCAAAGAGGAUCUCAUACAUUACAUGUUGUAUUGUCCCAUCUAUUCGGCCUUCAGGGAUGCGAUGUUACAAACUAUUCCUAAAUCAAUAGUCAACUCUGAGGACCAAGUAAAGUUUUUACUGGUAGACGCUGAUCCACGGAUUUCUCACGUGGUAGCGGUCUUUGUGGUGAAGGCUAUGAAAACUAGGGUAUGGUUCCUGGAUGAAACGGUGAGGUCCCUCCCAUUGCUCUCCUAACCUGUUGCUGUACCUUUUUCCUUGAAUGGUGGGGUUUUUUGGGUAGUUUCCUUGCUGGGACAACAUGGCAUGAAUUUUAGCUUACUUUUAUAAUCUUUUUGGUUUAUCUUUUAAUAAUGUUUUAUGGUAUUUUGUGUAAAGGCAUGGACCUCACAAAUCUAAUAAAUUUGUUGUUGUUGUAUUAUAGUAAAGGCGCAAACCAACAAUAGAGUGAGAAGGUAAAUGAAGAUUUCUGGGUCAAAAAGUGGACUUGUCGAGAUUAGGAGACUAUGUGGCUCUAGAUACAUAGUACUUUUUAAAAAAGCUGGUGAUUGUUUCUUCGUGUAGCAUUAUUUGGCUAACCAUAUAAUAAAAUCAAAUAUUCUGUUUUCCCCCACUGUCAGUUAUUAGUUACAGUAAGCUGAUUUUCAAUGUAUAAGGAAAAGGCACAAAAAUAUAAAGUAUUGAACCCAACAGACAAUUAUUUGGUUGAUUAGUUCAAAGGAGAGAAUUUCAAUCCCUCCCUUGUUAGGGUUUAACAAUGUAAAAUGUGUCAUUUAUAAUUAGCGUAUAAUAGAUUGUACUGCUUGGUAUAUUUAUGAAAGGUUGUAUUUAACAUCACCAGAAGAAGGCACCAUGAACAACAGUUAUUUCCCAUCCCCUCCUAUUCCUGAGCAUUCAUGAAAAGCUUCUCUAUGGGGUUUAGGAGAACCUACGCAACAUUAUGGGCUGUGUCUUAUGAUGCUGUAGUCACAGUCAUGUCCAAAGUCCGUUUUGGGGGCCUAAUCUGGCCCACAGGUCUGUUUAAUCCUGCCCCUGUGGCAGUUUAUUUCCUGGGGUAAAAUCCUUAAAAAAGCUGAACAACUUCAAUCCUAAAAAAGGUCAACAACUUUGGACUUUGGUCAGCCCCCACGGCCCUUCACUUCAUCAAAUCUGGCCCUCUUUGAAAAAAGUUUGGACACCACCAGGGGGAAAUAGUCUAUUCCUGAGAUCUUUGGAUGAGUGUUGCAGUAUUCCUUUGCCUAAUUUGGGGUGAUUCCACCUCCCGUUGUAACCUUGUUAAGACACAGCCCACAGUGUUGGGCAAUUUUUCUCCCCUAAUCCUGUUGGGGAUGGGGGAUGGGCGGGGAGGGAAAGAUUGGUUGCAUAAGGUCCCUUCCACUCAUGUGAUGCUGGAUGCAACUUGAAAGUCACAGAGCAAUUAUUUCAAAUUUUUCUCUGACGUAUCUUUUUAGUGGAGCUUACACUCAGAUGAGCGUGCAUUAGAUCACAGUCUCAGAAGUAGAAAUGCCUUAGUUCUUUACAUUUGUGAAUACAUGUACAGUUGUACCUUAGUUUUCAAACGCCUUGGGAGUCGAACGUUUUGGCAUGCCAAAUAAUUGAAAACUGGAAGUGAUUUUUCCGGUUUUUGAACGUUCUUUGGAACCUGAAUGUCUGACGCAGUUUCCAAUUGGCUGCAAGAGCUUCCUGCAGCCAAUCGGAAACCGUGCCUUGGUUCCCAAAUGUUUUAGAAGUCAAACGGACUUCUGGAACAGAUUCCAUUUGACUUCCAAGGUACUUCUGUAAUACUAGAGAUAACUGUAGAUUGCUACAUGCGGUAUGCUUGGUUCUGGUGUCUCCAGGUAGCACAUAGAUCACCUGAAAAAAGCAAGGAGCCAUUCAGAAGCCACCAAGACCCUGUUUUCCUGCUUGCAUAUAGACAGCAGCAGCAAGGUGCAGAAGUGCAUCUUGGAUUUGAAUGUUGAAUGUUGUAUUCACAGGAAUUGUCAUUCUCUAAUGAUAUAGAUUGCCAUACACAAAAAUCUUCACAUGUAAAACGUUUUGAGUAAAGCCUUGUCCUUAAACCAUUUCACUCAUCCCAAAUGUUAAUAAAUAUUCCACACUCUAACCAACUGAGCUAUCCAGAGGAGUUGUUUUCAAUGUUCCUCAAAGCAAUUUUGCAUUUGGAAAAAAACUGAAGAGAAGUCUUCAGGGGACGGUUCCCAAUGUUUUUCCAAGGUUUUCCCCAGGCUUCCACAGCUCUGAGGUAAGCUUUUUCUUCAGCUCUUCCUAGAUCAGUGCAGUGAUACAGGUUUUCUGGAAAACAUUAAAUUAGAAACUUUCCCCAUUACCCUAAAUUGAUUGGCUUAUGAUAAGCAAAACAAAAUGCCACUUAAGCAUGCUGUUGUUUUUAUAUGCUGUUUAAAAACUGUCAGAAUUUUUAGUGGUCAAAAGUAUUGCCCUUACAGUGCAAUCCUAUGCAUCUCUGCUCAAAAGUUACUGCCCUCUAAAAGUGUAUAGGAUUGCAGGCUAAUGUCAUUUGGAGUUUAUGCAUUCAUUUUGAAACAUGUUUUGUUGAAAUACUUAUGUUUUAAAACAUAAUUCAAUAGCAUGCACUUACAAUUUUAAGAAAAAUGACACAAUUUUAGCAGGAACAAAGAGCUCUAGAGACAGAUAUUUCCUAGGUAUAGAGGCCACAGCUUUGCAUACACAGGAUUGUGGGUUCAAAUGUCAGCAUCGCCAGCUACUGCUGGGAAAGAUCCUUGGAGAUGUGCUGCCAGUUGGUGUAGACAAUACUGAGCUAGAUGGACCCAGUGGUCUGAUUCAUUGUAAGGUGGUUUCCUCUAGUGUGUGGCUGGCUGCUUGAAUCCAGGGAGUUGGCCUUUCUAUCCUUUUUUUACUUUCUCUGUAGUAGUAUAGCCCAGGCCUGCAGAGCUUCAUGUUGUAACCAUUUGGCAUAUUCACUGAUAGGCUAGUCAUCUUGGAUGAUAAGUAUUGGAGCAUUGGAUGUGGCUUAGAGGUCAUUGCUGGCUGCUGGUUUUACCUCUGUUCUAAUUAUGGAUGUUUGUUAGUUUUAACAUCUGCUGUUGGUUACAGCUUCCGCCACUUUGUAAGUUCUGUUAUAGGUAAAGAUAUAAAAUACCUUUGAAUGUUGGGGGUGAGACAUUCCCUCCGCCCCAGAACUGAUGUCGUAUUGAGACAGGUAGAUACAUGGCUGGAUUGGCUGCUUACAUGGCAUAUUCCUGCAGAAAGCAGGUUUGAACUCCCAUCAGCUGAUGGGUGUGGAGUUCAAAUCUGCUUAGUUUUGCUGUGCAGCAACUUCCCCACAAGGAAGUCAUUGGCACAGCUGAUCUCCGCAGAAAAUGAUGAGCAGAGAGUUCAGUCCUGCUUUGUUUGGGUGCACAAGUGAACUUAUUCACUUGUGCAACCUAUCCCUGCAGAAAGCAGGAUUGAAUUCCUUGCCCACCUGUCCCACCCACCCUGCAGAAAGCAGGAUUGAACUCCAUGCCCACCUGUCCCACCCACCUGUCAAAGUUGGGCCAUGGGAGAUGGGGAGUUAAAGAUCUAGCCUCCUGGGCCAGAAAGCUUCUCCACUCCUGGUGUAGACAAUAUUGACUUAAUCAGUUAAGACAGCUUCCUCUGCUACACCUGUGAAGCCAAAAGGUCAGAUAGAAUUAUUGUAAUAAACAUAUAUGAAUUAUGACAGACUUUCUCUACAGAAAACAUACACAUAUACCGGGUGAUGCCCAGUGUGGGUCAUGCUUGAAGUAGACACAUUGAAAUCAGUGGACUAGCACUCAAAUUUUAUCUUUGGUAAGUCAUAAUGCACAAACCGCUUAUUCUAAUCACUGUAGCACAUUCUUGUUUUCUGAGGUUGUGAUAAACAGGCAAAUACACAAUCACAAACAGUCUGGAAACUUGAGAUUUGUGAAAGGAUUAUCGCAUAUGCCCAUCAAAUUCAACAGCAGUUUUUUAGCAUGCCUGUAGGAUGCCUGCCGGGCACCUUCGUUGCAUAUCUUUAGGCGCCAGGCAAAAAUGUAUCUCCAUAACCAGGCCUUUGGCUGAUUUAACAUUCUGUGGCCUUUUAAAUGUGUUUGUGAGAGGGGGUUUUUUGGUUUCUUUGUGUUAUUUUGUGUUUUCAUUUUGUAUUUUUAAGUUGUAAACUGCCCUGUGAUAUUUGGAUAAAGAGUUGUAUAGGAAUUUAAUAAAUAAAAUAAAAAUAAUAGUGCAUAUAUGAAUAUAAAUAUGUGUGCAUGCAUGCAUAUAAUUAGUAUCCAAGUCAGCAUAAUUUAUGUUACAAAAUCCUAAUUGGCUCAUAAAGUAGCAGUCAUGGGAGCCAGCUAAUUAGCUACACAGCAGUUUUUAAUGUAGGUGAACUGGUUUAGAAAAACAAAAAGCAGAUCAGAUGCCAAGAAUUGUUCUGGAAAGUAGAGUAUCACACCAGACUCUCUUAAUAGUACUGUUCAUUUAAACUACCACAGUAGCUGCUUCUGUUGAAUAUUACACUAGCAAUAUUUACAAUAAAUUAUCAUUUUAUGAGAGAGGAAAUAAUUCAAGGGUAAAAUAAGCACUUGGCAAAUGUUCCUAUGUAGUUUUUCCUUAAUAUUGGGCCUGCAGCUUGUGGCCCAGAAAUUAUGGAUUUGUUGAAGGGAGGACUUGUUCCCAUCCGCUUGGUGCCUUAUUGCAUCCUUGUUAACAUCCUUAAAAUGGUUAAGAAGAAAUAAGAAGCAGGAAUUGCUUAUUACUAAGGCUAAUCCUUGAUAAUAUCUUCACCAUCACUCCAGCAUUUGCAAUUGCCUCAUAAUGUAGCACUAGUCAUUUGGGCGCACCUAACCAGUUCUAUUUUACAUUGCACAGUUUCAUCAGCCUAGUGGGCUGAUGAGAAUAAAGCAGGGUGGGUUUUUUGUUUUUGAAAUUUUUUUUAUUUAAAACUAUGAUUAGACAGCUUGUAGAAGACCAAAAAAACUAAUGAAAAGCCUGAUAGGUCAUCCAAUACAAGCAAUGGAAAUAUGCAAAUUCAUAAUUAUAUUUUAUUUAACAUUCAGUACUUCCUUCACAAAAAAGUUUUGUUCUGUUUUGUACCUAAGAAAUGGGUGCAAUUCUCCCAACAGCUUUCUGUUUUUAGUCCAUUUCACAAUAUUAAUUUUUACAUUAGUUUGCCUCCAUUAUUCUGUUGAGGAAAGCGCUUGUGACAAAUACCUUUGCAGUAGGCUUCAAUUAUAACAAGAAGUUUCUUUCCAUCAUUGCAUAUUUGACUUUGCUAAUCAAUAGCAGCAAACGGCCAUACAUUACUGCAUUCUGUUAUCUUUUUAAUAAAUCAUAACUAACUGCAAACACUUCAGCUGUUUGCAUGACAACUCAUUCACAUGUAGCAAUAUGCUUUGCUCCUCCCUGGUACAAGUGGGAAUUAGAAGCCUAGAAACCAUGGCUUAUUGCAUUUGAACCUUGGAUCAUGUGUUUGCUCGAGAACAAACCAGAAUCAGCAAGCUAAGAUCAAGCCACAACUUCAUGGUUGUGGUUGGUUUGGGAGAAACAAAUCAUGUUUGUGAGUUAAUGACAAGCCCAUAUGGCUUGUUGCUUUCAGUUAAACCAUGGCUUGUUAUUAAUCCACAUAAACUGGGUCAUUGUGAGCUAUUUUUUAUUAUAUCUCUAUUAAGUUAACCAGAAAAUUGCAGACAUUAUAUUCAUUUGUACUGGUGUGUAAUACCAAUGAAACAACUAAUUAGUAAAUACAAAAACAAAAAACUUGAAAAGCUACAUCCAAAUUGUAAUGGACCCCUUAUACUAGGGCUGCAAUACAUCUGGAUUUUCCCGGACAUUAAUGGAAUUUCAGAGGCGGAAUUAACACCCAGAGGGAAUUUCCGAAAGGUGGCGCUUUGUCCUGGAUCUUAGACAAGUCAGUCAAAAAAUCAUGUUUUUUGGUGUGUUUGUUAAAAAAAGAAAGUUCAAUAACUUUGGGUUUUGUCUAAAAAAAGUUCAACAACUUAGAGUGUCCUGGUUUUUACUUUUUGAAAUAUCGCAACCCUACCUUAUACACACACAGUUCCUUUAGUUGUCAGAAAUACUAGGUAGAAAGGGUAUUGCCAUUUAACCCAGACAAUAUCAUUAGCUGGUUUAAGAGAGUAUUUUAGACAUUAACUUACUUUUCACAAGUAAGGUACAAACAAUUGAGGACUUGGAUGCUGAGAUGUCUUACAUGAGCAGAAAGGCACUGGUACUUGCACAAAGCAGUCCUGCUGAACUCUGAUUUCCCUGUUCUUCUGCAGCCUCUUUCUGCAGAGGAGGAGGGUGGAAUGCACAGUGGGGGUGGGGGCGGAGAGCCACAAACUCUGUGUUGCAUGAGUGGAGUUUUGUUCUGCUUUCUCUAGAUCUAGCCCUAGAAGUUCAAAUUUGAUAUGGUUGAAUUUGAAGUGUUGCACAAUUUUGAAGAUGGUUUAUAUGAAAAUAAUAAAACAACAGUGGGUUAAAAUCCACUAUGAUACAUCAUUUGGUAUAACACAGAUGUACAGUGGUACUUCGGGUUAUAAACGCUUUGAGUUACAAACUCCACUAACCUGGAAGUAGUACCUUGGGUUGCGAACUUUGCCCCAGGAUGAGAACAGAAAUUGCACGGAGGUGGCAGCAGGAGGCCCCAUUAGCGAAAGCGCGCCUCAGGUUAAGAACUGUUUCGGGUUAAGAACGGACCUCUGGAACAAAUUAAGUUCAUAACCCGAGGUACCACUGUAUUCUUAAUAAAAUAUCUUACAAAGAGAUAACCAGUAGAUUGAAAUUAUCUAGCUUUCUGCCUCCGCAAAUUGCUUUCACUUGAUAAGUGGCUUUAAUGGAAAAAAUAACUGCUACAAAAUAGUAUUUUUUUUCUUGGAGAAUAUGUAUAUUUUUUUAAUAGUAAUAUAUUAAAAAUAUUUCCACAAAAAGUUUGUCUUACAACCAGCUUUGUAAGCAGUUUGUGAUGAUAACUUCCCGGUCCUAUAAAGGCCUACACAUAAGGAAGUCCCAUUCAGUUCAGUGGUGCUUUCUGUGAAUCAGGUGGGUAUGGGAUUGCAAUGCUAUCCAGCCCCACAGAGGUGAUGGGAAAGGGGUUAGGAUAGCACAUAGUGAUCCCUCUGCUAGUGGAGAGGAGCCCUUCUGGUGGGGAGGCUAUGCCCUGACCAAAGGAAAACUGCUCUUGGCGGUUCUUCCUUUGCCAUUAGCCAGUAGAAAUGCUGAAAUGGGACAUUUCAGGAUAGCAUGCCAAUGGCUUUGUGUGCUUUUAAAUUAUAUAAAAGAAAACUAGCAAUCUUCCAUAUAAUAUGUCAUAAACAGUUAUAGCCAGCACUUGCUGGUUACCUACAGAUGCACUGUAUAAUUUCAUAAGAAAUUUUUUUGCACUAUUAUUCAAUGAGAAAUAAAGGUUCAAUUUUUAUGCCUUUCCCUGGUCUCACUUAAAAACAAAAUAUUUAUUUUUGCAGGUGAAAGAUCUCUUUCAAUCUUUGGCAGUAGAAUACAGUGUUCUGGAACUUGACAAGAUUGGUAAGUAAAAUUGACUUGCUAUUUCAUUGUUGAUAACCAUAGAUACAUUACACAAAUGCACACCAUUUUACUGAAUGAAGGCAUCCUUUCAGUCUGCAUGAAAGAAAACAACUCCCAAAAUGUAUUUUUUAUCCAGUUACUUAAUUUUGGAUUUUAAGUAAAUGAGUUUUGUGUUGGGAAGUAAAAUUUUGUCGUUUUUUGGAAUUUUGAAGGACUGUGUCUGCUCUGUUCUUACGAAGCUGUUUCUGUUGCAAAUGUAAAUGUACACUCCUUUAUUUCAAAUAUUAUCUGUUGUAUUGGUUGCCAACUUAUUAAUGAUUGACAUAUCUAAACUUCAGAAAGAAAGUUGCUGACUCAUUGGCAAGAAUUCUAGCACCAACUAUAAUCUGAGUUUAUUGUUGAGCCCAGGCAUUCUGAGAUUGAUAGUGCUGAUUCUGAUCCAUCCUGGGGAAAUGUUUCAGAAGUUCUUUUUCUUUCUUAAUUCUUUCAUCUAUUUUGUACUGCAUUGGCUUAGUUUGGAGUGAAUGUUUUGGCUUUUUAAAGCAUGGUUGUAGGCUUACUUAUUCAGUAAAAUCCACCAUUCAUUGGGGCUUUUACCUAGAUAAUGUUAUCUUUAUAAGAUUGAUUGCACAGAGCUCUCAGGCAGAAUGAAAGGUAACCCACAGAUAAGAUGAGAGCUUGCUUAAUUCUUUUUACCAAUAUAAGAUGACCAAAUUAAAUGUUUUCCCCUCACCUCUUUUGUGUGUUACAUGAUCUGGACCAAUACAGCAACAUGAUGAUAAUUUUGGAUUCUUUUAGCUUUAAUCAAUGUGUCAGAUACCAAAACAUUAAAUGAAUAGUUUGGUUUGAUGCAUGUUCUGCCACAUUUUGCUUGUCAGCAAGUUAAAAGAAAGCUAUAAUAAUAGUAAAAUACAAAACUUUUUUUAGAUACAACCAAUUAACAAAGUAACUGCGGCGUUCAUAGGCUCUAUUCUUUGUUCUUUGAUUGAGGUUUGUUUUUGUUUUGAACAAUCAUUUGUUUUGUUGAUAUCCCAUUUGUGAGCUUCCUUGGAGCCUCAAUCUAGGUCAAAAGGCAGACUAGAACAUUAAAAACAGGGGUACAUUUGGAAGAAAGGGCUGGUGUUGUUUUGCAUACGUAUUGACUUUUAAUAUGCAUCAAAGUUGAAAAGCCAGGCUGAGGAAACAAGUGAGUUCUUGUCUCUUAUAUGAAACCCUCAUGCAAUAAUUGAACACGAGGUUUAGUAAAAUCCUUUUGAACUGUAUCACUAUAUCCUAAGGCUUACAAUUCUACAGAGACAUAAUUUUUAUGAGUUGAUAAUUGAGAUUGAUCUUGUGUUUGAAUUAUGACUUGAAGUACAAAAAGGAUUCUACUGACUUAGGCUUAAACCCAGUUUGCUCUAAAAUUGCAUCAUAGCUAAAAAUAAGCCAUGGUCUAACAUGAAUGAGCAACAUGCUUGGAGCUCACUUAUUAAAUUGUACCCACCCUGUUUUAGAAAACAUAUUGGAGGCUGGCCUUAUGCCCCUGCCACCAACCCAACUGAGCGCUGUUUUGCAUGUAUCAUUAAGCCAGUCUGCAGUAUAUUUCUUCCUAGGUUUGGAAAGGGAGAAGCAAGGGGGUGUCAUUUCAGCAGUGUGCAUCAACACACUACUCCUUUGUGAUAAAUCCCAGUUUAUAUUAUAUGUGGUGUUACGUUACAUGUGAACCAGGCCUUAAUGAUGCAACGUUGAGGUUGUGAGGAUCUAAAGGUGGUUUCACUACCCAUCUAGCACACUGCUGGGCUUGUGCUGGCAGGUUGGAGGAGUGUUCUUGUGCGUCUCCAUCUACUUUACGGGGAUUAAAAAACAACUUUCCCCUCCAUUGGAAACAGUGUGAGUGGAAGAACAGGAAGAGAUUUAGACCAGUUCGUGAGCUAGUCUAAAUCUCUCUGCAUUUGGGGAACAUACUGGAGCACUGGGAUAGUCACUCUGUCUUUGGUUGAGCCACAGCCACGAGAAAGUUGCCGCAGGGAAGGGGGAAAUUUGACAUCGGAGCUCACAAUCUGAUGUCAGAGAGGGAGAUCUGUUGACAGAUCCCCUUCCCUAUCACUGCAGCAUCUUCUGUGGCCAUGGUGCAGCCAAUGUUGGGACUCUGGUUUGGCUAAAGCCAAAAGGUGGGCAUCCUCCCAGGGGCCAUAGAUUGCUACCUCAGCUGAAUAGGUCUUGCCCUCUGCACAGUGCUUUAUAGAUUGAUCAGUUUAUUUAUUUGUCAGCAAGGUACUUUGCAUUUCAUACUGUACUGGAAUGUUAGAUUUUGGAUUUAGAGAAUUUUCAGGUUCUUGUUAGAUUCAUGAUGUUAAGUCACUUCUUUCAUGUAAACUGCCCAAAAUGAAUGAAUGACUGAAUGAAUAAUUGUAUCUGCAAUCUGCUGCAUUGCUGGAGCUGAGGCACACGGAUCAAUCUUAAAUAUAGUUAGUAAAGACCAGUCAACUGCAAAUCAUAAUUUAUGAAGCUGCCUUGCUUCAAAUAAUCAUAGUUAAGAUUAACUACGUUAAACUAAACAGCAGUUAAUCUAAAACAGAUGCAGAGAAAUUUAUAAUCUGCUUGUGACCAUGUAGCUGAAGAAGAUGGAGCAUUGCUCAAGCUCAUUCUCCAUAGUGCUAAACCAUGAUGAGUCUUUCAUCCAGAUGUGGUCAGUCUGAAUGAGAUGUUUUCCUGAUUCUUAUCUGCCAUACUUAUGUAACGGCUUUAUAUAAAUUAUCUUCUGUUUUAAGCGCCACUUUUAUUAUAGCUGGUGGGAAUAGUGUCUCGCAAUGCAUAGAUCUUAGCAGAGUUGUAGGUUUUAAUUCUACCCUCCCUCUUCUCUCUUAGAUGAGGGGCCCAGCAUUCAGGAGGUGUUGCUAGAAUUGACAGGUCAGAGGACUGUUCCUAAUGUAUUUGUAAAUGGAACUCAUGUGGGUGGAUGUGAUCAAACUUUCCAGGUAAUCUCGCUCUUCCUCCUCUUGGCAUGAAAAUGAAUUGUUAUGAGAUAAUGAUUAUGCUUUUGUAGCUAGCGUCUCCAAACAGUGUCACUUGUGCUAUCUUGUUAUGCAGUACAUAAAGUUUGGAAUUCAUAAAGUUGCAACUAUCCUUUGUAUCAGGCUUGGGAAGUGUAUGCACCAGUAAGAAGCAAACAACCACCCUGUUUUAUAUGGGUUCUUUUUAUCAGGAGGACUUCAGGUUACAUUAUUGAUAUCUACAUUUCCUAGUAUUGCUCUUUCAUUGCUGUUGUUGUUUUUAGAUGUGCAGCCAGAAACGAUAUAUGUUUACUUUUGCCUUCUAUUUUCUUUCCCAAUAAAGAGUGUAUAGAAUUGUGGUACUAGCUUUAAGUUUUCUUAAAGGUCAGGCAAGGGCAAGGGCUUCCUUAUCAGGACAGCUGCAUCUUAAAUGAGUAAAACAGACCCUGCUCUUAAAACAUCUGUACUCAGUGAGUUUGUAUCCAACAGUUCUACUACUCACAGAAGGCUCUUGAAUUUAGUGGAGGGUUCAAUGAAUGGAAUGGGGAGGGAGGUGUUUUUGGCAGAGUUCCCCUUACUUCUGAGACACCCUGUGUCGUCACAAAACUAUGCUUCAGAGGGCAAGGUAACCCUCUGGAGCAGAAUGGAAGGUGGUGCAGGGCACUACAGGAAAAGGUAGGAUUUGUGGAAAGUUGCCUUCUCCUGCUGCUGCUAGAUUAAAGAGCUGUCCAUUUCUAGGAGGAGAGCAUUGGAUAUAACCUAGCUUUGUAAUACUAACAAAGUAUUCUGUAUUCUGAUUUCUGUGUCUUGUGUCCUUUUUACAGGCUUACCAUAGUGGCUUAUUGCAGAAGCUUUUAGGGGAUGGGAAAGGCGAAGAGAUGGAAGCCUACGAUUAUGACCUAAUUGUUAUUGGUGGUGGUUCCGGUGGCCUUUCAUGUUCUAAGGUAUGAACUCUACAAACAGGUUCCAAGCAUAUAGUGAAUUGUAUGUGGUUUCAUAUUUUCCAACCGACUCCUUACAUUUUUAAAAAUCUCAUUCACAAUACCUCAGCAGCAUUCCAUAUUUGAGUGGAACCGCAGUUCAGACCCUUGCCUGACCAAGGUCUUUUGACCCUGCAGCAAAAGGGCUAAAGAAACCUGGCCUGGUGUGUGGGUGUGGGUGAUGAUGUUUCUUUGAGAGAUUCAAGUUGCAUUCUUCAAAACAAAACAAAACUGGGAUUAAGUUUCAUUGAAUUAAGUGGACUUUACUUCCGAGCAAGCAUGCAUAGGAUUGUGCUGUCAAGACUAUUACAUUAUCUCUGAGCAGCCAAGAAAAAGGGGGUGUUUGUAUAUAACAGCAAAAGAAAACCUGUGACCUUCCAGAUGUUCUUAGAAUCCCAACUUUCAUCAGCCACCACCAGUGUAGUCAGUGGGUCAAGGAUGAUGGAAGUGGCAGGGCAACAGCAUCUGGAGGGCCACAGGAUCCACAUCCCUGGAGUAUGCCAUCCAAGUUAGCUUUACAUACGAAAGACCCUGCAGUCUAAUUACUAGGAAAUAGCUCUUGAGGAUCUAGUCAUCUGCUUAUUAAGAGAGGAGCUAAUGGAUUGCUAGGUUUUGUGUUGUGUUCGAGAACAGUUGUUCCCAAACAUUUCUCCCUGUGAAUGACUUGAAAAUGGCUGGUGCUCUUGGCAUACCACUUAAUGAUUUUCUGCCUUGGGGAGAGAGAUUGCUAUUGUGAUAAUUUAAUAAAUAAAUAAAGUAAAAUAAAUAAUGCACUGCACAAGAUACUGUGCGAGUUUUAAUUGUGUUCUUAUUGCUUUUAUUUCUUACAUUGUAAUUUAUUGUAUUACAAUUUGAAUUCCAUAGAAUUUAAAUUGUUAAACAAUAAAAUAUAAUCUAGGAAAUAAAAGAAGUAAUAAAAAUACAAUUAAGAAUCAAAAUACAUAUUUAGUGUGCCACAGACGAAGCUUGUGGAUCACUGAUGGUUGUCCAGUACUCAACUUGUUUGAGAAUUAAACCAUUCAUAACGCAUGCCAUAAAUUUAAGUUUAACGCCCCUUCUUCUCUUGGAGAAGGAAAAGGAUAUUAAUUGACAGAAGUCUCUUUCACCUGUAUAUCAUGAUACUACAACACACCUAUUGUACAUAUUUAGCCAGUGGCAACUUCUUAUUCACAUUUUGUAUUAUCCUCAGUUUGGGCAUGGGGGGAGGGAGUAUUUGAAUGUAUGGGAAAUCUUUGCAUUCUAGAGAGUCCUGGGGGGCAUAGGUGAGAGUCCUAGGAAUAAAACUGCUUAGAAAAUAACCCUAAUGUGGUAGAAGAAACCAAGAUUUAAAUCAACUGUGAGAGGUGAAAAAAGAAAUGUUUCAUGUAGGGUGUGUCUAUGCGUGGGAGAAGUAAGGACAUAUAGCUAAGAAUGCUAGUGUGAAUUAUGUGCUAAAUUGCUGUGUUGAAGAAACAUGAAUAACUGCAUUUCAGCCAGUGGCUGUUCUCUUCCUUGUCACAAAUGGUAACUUCUGUUCCUUAGGGCAUAACUGUUUUCACGAAUGUGAACUGUUAAACUGCACCUAAAAAGGGACAGUCUUCUACAUCUGCAUAGGUCUGAUGUUCACUUGUUUGUUAUUUACAGGAAGCUGCUUCCUUAGGAAAGAAGGUCAUGGUGCUAGACUACGUUGUGCCAACACCACUGGGUACAACAUGGGGUAAGUAGUGAUUUGAACAGAUUUCAGUGUUGCUACUUAGUCAGCCAACUAGCAUGUUGGGGGUUGUUCAUUCAUUAGUGUCUGUUUUGCUGUGUGCUCUUGAGCAUAACAUAUAGUCAAUGCGAUGGCUUUCUAAUUUCGGCUUUCUUCAAAUCCUCACCAAACCUCUCUUUAGAUCUGUGUCCUACAAAAAGUAUUAUUUGGCUAACGUUUUUGUUCGUAUGGAAGGACUUGAAUAUUUCUCAUCAAAAGAACUCUUAAACCUAUGCAGCACAAAAUUGGAACCAUGGCCAUUAUGUUCCCAUUACAUAAGCACAUACUGAUCUUGUGACUGUGGCAUUGGCUUCCUUGUUUUAGGUUACGGCAGCAGAAUAAUGACUUUAACAGAGUCGUGUUCAGAGUGCAGUGUAGUAUAGUGUAGUAUAGAACAAAAUGUCUAUGAAUCCAUUUAUCCAACUUUGAUUCUCCUUCAGUGCAUUCUAAUGACAUGAUAUGUUUAAAAGACUGGAUAUGAUGAACUCCAUGAGUAUCUUGCCAGUCAGUCGGUUGGUUCCAGACAUGCAAGCGGGAGGGCCUCUAAUCCAGUGGAGGUUGCUGCUGGAGGGAAGCAACUUUUGCAAAUCCCUCUUUCCUUACCUGCAGUCCACAGUCUUCCACACUGUUCCAAAGGAUCCCCCAAUCCUUCAGAGCAGCUGUAGGGGGGAGAAGGAAUGGGGGGCUGAUUUCUGCUCCAUUCGUGGUUGUUCUGAUCCAGCCCAACAACUAGUAGCAGAGAUGUUGAAGGUUUGUUGUAGAAAUGUUCACUAGUUCUUAUUCUGUAAGGUUAUAUGAAGCAUGUGGUCUUCACUGUAAGCCCUGGAAUUUCACUGCUGGCAGCUUUACAAAUAGCUCAGAGGGCUUAUGCAAUCCCCUGGUGGCAUGACAGGAUUCCUUGCCAAAGUUGAUUGUAUCUGAGAUAUGCUUAAUGUACACUCUUUGUUUCUGAUAUUAUUGGGAUAGAAUUAAACCUUUCAACAGCCAUUCAACCACUGGAUUUUAUGGACCCCUAGUGAUGAGUGUGCAUGUAAGGUCUCAAUUCACAUUUAAAUUUUCCUGAUGUAUAAUCUGCAUGGUUAUGUGAGUUGCACCAUCUAAGAUCUUUGGAUAUGUAUUUCUUAGCUUCUUCCUUUCCCACAGGCAUGUGUUGCUCCCCACCAUGUACACAUACUGUGUACGGAAUUGGAAAAUUUAGUCAUUUUUAGUUUGGUAAUAAUAAUAAUAAUAAUAAUAAUUUAUUAUUUAUAUCCCACCCAUCUGGCUGGGUCCCCCCAGCCACUCUGGGCGGCUUCCAACAAAACACUAAAAUACAAUAACUUAUUAAACAUUAAAAGCUUCCCUAAACGGGAAAGCCAUUUCUGCUAGUAAAUGGUAAAGCCAUUUCUGCUAGUGUGAGGCUUGUUAGUAAAAAUAUUGCAUUGCAUUUCACUUUCAGUUUGUAUACUGCUUUUCUAUGUUACUAUACACAAGACGGUUUGCAGCAACAAAACAUACAACAAAGAAUUCACACUUUAUAGUAAUCUGAUCCAAUACAGAAAGUCACAAUAAAACAUAACUUUAAAAUGUAACUACUUAUAUCAAAUAAAUUAAUAUUCAAUAAUAUCAAGUGCCUCUUGUUUCACUUCUGUCUGUAAAAGGAUACAUAGAACAGGGCAAAGGCAGGAAGCCUAAAUAUGUGAAGCUGUGUCAGUUGUCAAGUCUUAACCACCUUUAAUACUGCAGCUGGAACUUUGGUGAGGCUGGGGAAGAGAGCUCACCAAUAUUGCCCUUUCAUUGCUGCCAGCCUCCUAUGCAGGAGAUAAGAGGAAGCUGGCUGUGAAUAAUCAAGCCUGGUGAGAAGAGUCACUCCCUCUGAACUUAAUUUAAGCCAGACUGCCGAGGUUUGGAGUGCAGUCAAAGGCAGCAGCUACAGCUUUAUUUAUUGCGUGUUACCUUUCUUUUUUCCCUUUGUUCUUAUGUAUUUAAGCCUAGAUUAUUAGUUUUGCAGUAAUGAAUUGAAUCAAUGUUUGACGGGUUGUUGAUUUUGUCCUAUUUGAUAUGUUUUGUAAACUGGAAGACAUUUGUUGCAAGCAGCUUUGGGCAUAUGUAAAGUAGGCAUAUAAAUAAAUAAACUUGAUCAAUAAUGUUGCUCGGCACGCAGUAAGGGUUUGUGUUGUUGACCGUGUAUGUAAGGUAUCUAAGAUACGCCAGCAGUUCUGUGCAUCCUAAUAGUAGGUCUUACUUAAUACAGUACUGUUAAUGAGAAGUUUCUUAAUUAAAUGUACACUUUGCAUUUCAGGACUUGGCGGCACUUGUGUAAAUGUUGGCUGCAUUCCUAAGAAGCUGAUGCAUCAGGCAGCCCUGUUGGGUCAGGCACUGCGAGAUUCAAGGAAGUAUGGCUGGGAGUUUGAUCAGCAAGGUUUGUAAGAAAGCAAAUAAUGUAUUUAUGGGAGGAAAGACCAAUUGGUGCAUUUUAAUCUUUGGGACCAAAGCCCUGAAACUGGUGUAAAGUUAACUAGGCUACUAGCAUGUGCUAGUGAAGGAAUGUAAGGGAUUUGGGGUGCUGCUUUCUCUCCCCCCCCCCCCCCUUUCAGUAGGCUAUUUAAUGGCACCAAGUGAUUGUUCUACAUAAACUUGCGCUUGUCUUCUUUAUACAUCAGUUUUUGGAAUCUUCGAGAGUCACUUGUCACUAUCUUUUCAAAAGUUGUUGGUGUAGGUUGCAAAUUUUAUUGCAACUACUGUCUGUGUAUUUAUCUGCAAAUAUUGAAACAUGAGACCUAUGAGAUCAUUCUGAGUACCUGCAUUUGUUUCAGUGGGGUAAUGCAGCCCAAUCCUGCUAUCUGCUUGCUCGCUAUAUGAAAAUUCACUUAUCUGCAUUUAAAGACUUCUGCCCAAGCCUCACUAUACGCUCCACAGAGUCACAUAUAUGAACAUCCGGCUUCCUUAUUUCCUUGGUUUUUUGUGAUGUGCUGCUUGGUGGCAGCCAUUUUCGGGCAGAAACCAUGGGAAGGAGGAGCAAGAUCAGAUUAAUAAGAGUAGGAAAAGUCAGACAAAUUUGUUUGUUUAUUUACUUUGUCUGUCUCCUGUUGAUUGGCUGCAGUGAUUGCAGGAAGAAACCAGGGAGGAGAGUGAGCAAAUCUCACAUUGGAAGUGUUCUCAUAGGAAAUAAUGGAAAUUGUAGACUCAUUAUGCAAAUGUGCGACUAAUGAUUUCAUGGGAAGGCAUUGUGUUCAUUAAGCAGCACAUGCAUGUAUUGGUUUCAUUGGUGGGAUCUGAUAAAUUAAUUUUUGUAUGAACAUUUCUUUUAGUUAAACACAACUGGGAGACCAUGGUAGAAGCAAUUCAAAAUUAUAUAGGAUCAUUGAACUGGGGGUAUCGGGUCGCCUUGCGUGAUAAGUCUGUGACAUACCUCAAUGCCUAUGGAGAAUUUGUUGGACCACACAAGAUUAAGGUACCUGCAGAACCAUGUCAUUGUUGACAUUUGAUCUAUUCAGAAGUAUUGCUUCUAUAAUCAUUACUGUGUAUGAACAAGUUAAAGUGAUAGAUUAGGAAAAGCAAUACUGUUUAACCUAUUUUGUUUCAGUUGCAACUGUAUGGUCUUGUACAACAUCAAACACCUGAAAAAGUAUUACACAAUCGACAUAAUGGAUAUAUGAUUAGCCACAAAUGAAGUUGCUCGGCUGAAUAAGUUUUUUCCUAAAUACGGAAUUAAUUAAACUAGGGUAGAUAUUUUGCUAUGUGAAAAGAGGCAGUUGAGAAACAAGAACUUCAGUUUGUACUAAGUUGUAAUUGCAAAUUUAAUUCAAUACUGUAACUACAUGAAGAUUAUUUUAAUUUUUAGUGUUAACUAUUCACAAGUAAAACAACAUAAAAAUCUGCAUGAUGUAAUACGGUUGAUAGAUUAUUCAGAUCAGUGUGUCUUACUGCCUUGUAAGUAAUUCUUGGUAAAGUAAUUUGCUGGCAGUAUCUUGGGGAAAAUGCAUUGCUGUGUGGAAAAAUACCAGUUAUAAAACUUUCUUUCCGUUGACUAGGCAACCAACAGAAAAGGACAAGAAACUUACUGCACAGCUCAGACAUAUGUUAUAGCCACAGGAGAAAGACCGCGAUAUCUUGGUAUCCCAGGAGACAGAGAGUACUGUAUUACAAGGUGAGCUUGAAUUAAAUGACUGCUUUUCGGUAGAUUAAAAGGGCUUCUCAGUAUUUAAACAUCAGUGAUAAUACUGUUUCAUUUUCAGCGAUGAUCUCUUCUCUCUGCCCUACUGCCCUGGAAAGACUUUGGUUGUGGGAGCUUCUUACGUAGCCUUGGAAUGUGCCGGAUUUCUUGCUGGACUUGGUUUGGAUGUCACAGUUAUGGUACGCUCUAUCCUUCUUCGUGGCUUUGAUCAAGAAAUGGCAGAGAGAGCAGGAGCCUAUAUGGAAACCCAUGGUGUAAAAUUCAUCAAGAAGUUUGUUCCUGUUGAGGCAAGUAUCUCCCCUGGUUACGUCAGAUAGGAAAACGCUGAUGUUUGAAAUCUUUUUGUGCAACUUUGAGCAAUAUGGCAUAUGUGUAAACACAGUUGGGAGGCGGGUUUUGCCUGCAAAGGCUAAUAAAGUGAACAUUGUAAUAAAACAGUAUUAUGUGGGUUAAGAUAAAAUUCCUAAGUUUAUGGCUGUUCCAUGCAGGUUGUAAAGUUGGAGGAAGGCAUGCCUGGAAAACUGAAAGUGAUUGCAAAAUCCACUGAAGGAAUACAAAUGAUUGAAGGAGAAUACAACACUGUAAGUGCUCUGCACUUGUGAUUUUUGUUUAAAUUUAUUAUUGUGGGGAGGUUGGUAAGUUAGUUAUUCUUAACUUGGCAGUGCUGAGACUUAGGCCAGAAUCUAGCAGUAACUGCUGCUGCACAGCCUGGUUCAGCGCUCUAACCCUAACACUUUUGCAACAGAGUUCAUUGCUGGAUCGCUCCCUUUUGCUAUCUAGUCAUAGAGUUGGCCAGAUGGUAGCUUGUCAUGAGCAUGUUGGAAUCUAUUUUUAGACCCUGAAUAGUUUUUGAACUCCUUUUUAAACCACAUGUGGGGAACCUUGGGCCUAGGAAGAAGAAGAAGAGGAGGAGGAGUUUGGAUUUGAUAUCCCGCCUUUCACUCCCUUUAAGGAGUCUCAAAGCGGCCAACAUUCUCCUUUCCCUUCCUCCCCCACAACAAACACUCUGUGAGGUGAGUGGGGCUGAGAGACUUCAGAGAAGUGUGACUGGCCCAAGGUCACCCAGCAGCCGCAUGUGGAGGAGCGGAGACGCGAACCCGGUUCCCCAGAUUACGAGACUACCGCUCUUAACCACUACACCACACUGGCUAGGAGCCAAAUGUGGCCCUCAAGGCCUUACCUGUGUGGCCGUUGGGUACUGUUUCCAUGCCACACCCCUCACCACCCUUGCGUCACCCCCUCCAAUUGCUCUGUCCACUUUUGCCUCUGGUCCCACCUUCCACUGGCAUUUAGCCACCUGUAAUUGCCUAGAAGGCAGUGCAACCCUUGAGCUGGAAAAACAGCAACCCUCCACCCCUUCUUUAAACCAAAUAGUGCUGCUUGGAUUACAUGAGAGGCUUUUCAAUACAGGACCACCAAAACAAGAUACAUGAUUCCUUUUUGUGCAGGUUUUGAUAGCUGUUGGCCGUGAUGCUUGUACUAGAAAUAUUGGCUUGGACAAAAUUGGUGUGGCAGUUAAUGCAAAGUAAGUAUUCCAACUCUUUAAUUAAUCUUGGUACAUACUGAAAUUUGUUUAGAAAUCAGCUUUGGUCUUUUAACAGACUUUCUAGAACAUCUACUUUCAGAAGUCUGUUCUAAAUUAUCACCUAGAACCCAUGAGCUCUUAAGGGUGAAACUAGGUAUCUUAAGCAUGCUGACAAAAUUAGUUUAAAACUUUAUGCCUAUAAAUUCCUGCAUUUCACUAUUACCAGUUGUUAAAGUUGCAAAUCCAUCUGUAGAGCAUGAGAAUCUUAAUCUCAGGGUCGUGGGUUCAAGCCCCACAUUGGGCAAAAAGAUUCCUGCAUUGCAGAGGAUUGAACUAUAUGAUCCUCGUGGUCCCGUCCAACUCUACAAUUAUAUGAAAACCUGCGUAAUUUUUCAGUUUGCAACUUAACUACAGCAGGCUUUAUUUAUUUUAAAUUAGUAUGAAGCCAAGCAAAGAGUCUACUUCCCAUUAAAUUAGUUUAAUUUGUUUUAUAGCUUAACACUUAGAGAAGCAUCUGAUAUUAUUAUAUCAAGGAUUAAACCUCAUAUAGCCUAAUGAGUGUAGCUGUUGGAAUCUGCUCAUUAUAGAAGUUGAUCUGGCCUGACAAGUAUGAAAAAUUGUGUGGUACUCAUUAGACGUUAAUUUUCUUCAAUAUAGUGCGACCAACUGGUAUUCUGAUGUCUGUCUUCACGUAUAGUAAUGUCCAAGGCCACAUGAGCAGAUUUCCCUUUGUUCUCUUUCCCAUGUCAUCCUAAAUCUGCUCCAGAGGGUCCCCAAGCGCUCUAGAGCAGAUGGGUGGGGGGAGGGAAUUGCUGCAGGAGAGAGAAGAGGAAGUUGUUCCCUGAGUGGAUUGACUUCGUUGGAUGUCUCUCAUUAUUAAGUGUAAUCAAAUCGUAGCACUAUGUCAGUGUUAACUUUCCCCCCUUCCAUGUAACAAGGAAUGGGAAAAUACCUGCAAACGACGAAGAACAAACCAGUGUGCCUUACGUCUAUGCUAUUGGAGAUGUUUUGGAAGGAAAGCCAGAACUUACACCAGUUGCCAUACAGGCAGGCAAGCUGUUAGCUCGCAGACUUUUUGGAGGGAGUAAUAUAAAGGUAAACGUUCAAUUUCUUAUGGUUAUUACUGCUUGCGUGCUCAAAUAGUUUUUUUGAAAUGGUCUUCUGAUAUGGUUAAGACGCCUGGAAUUGGCUCAUCCAUGUUAGUGUCACCACUUUAAGUAACUUCUGGUCCAGUUUAUGCACCAUCAGUUGCUCAUAGCAUUGGACUUGUGAAUCUCGGUGGAAGGCACUGAUCCCUCUCCAACUCCUGGUAUAGCCACAGCCAUUUUUUGUAUUUAUUUAUAUGCCACUUGAUUACAGUAGUCUCUAAGCUGAGUUGUGAUUGCAUGGUGACUAUCUUAAGCUCCUAACAAAAUUUGGGAGUACUACACAGACUGAAUUGAACUUUGGAAGAGUUUCCAAGAAACUCUUCUCAUUGUGAGACUUUUGUGGGUGAGCUGAGAGCUUGUUGGACCCUGUGUGAGAAUCCAGAGACUGAGAUGGAGGGUGUGUCAGAAGGAAAAUGAAUUGAUACUGAUUUUUAUAUAUUGGUAACUUUGUAUUACUGUAACAUUUGUAUAUGUAACACUGUAUUUUUCUAAUAUUUUGUUUUAAGUUGUCUGUUGGUGCUUCAGUUUUCUGUAUACUGCUUAGAGAUAUUUUAAAUAUAUUAAGAAGAAGAAGAGUUUGGAUUUGAUAUCCCGCCUUUCACUCCCUUUAAGGAGUCUCAAAGCGGCUAACAUUCUCCUUUCCCUUCCUCCCCCACAACAAACACUCUGUGAGGUGAGUGAGGCUGAGAGACUUCAGAGAAGUGUGACUGGCCCAAGGUCACCCAGCAGCCGCAUGUGGAGGAGCGGAGACGCGAACCCGGUUCCCCAGAUUAUGAGACUACCGCUCUUAACCACUACACCACACUGGCUCUCAGAAGUCAAAUAAUCAAAGCAAAUAAUCAAAAGGAUAGGGCUAGUGACUGCAUCAUAUUGAAGCAUCCUGAAAGUUGAUGGGGUGGGGUGAGCUUGGAAACAUAUACACUCUUGGUUUUUGAACAGAAUGCAUUCCAGAAGUCUGCUCAACUUCUGAAAUGUUCAGAAACCAAGGCGCGGCUUCCGAUUGGCUGCAGGAGCAUCCUGCAGCCAAUCGGAAACCGUGGAAGCCACACUGGGUGUUCGAUUUCCAAGGCAUAGUUCGCAAACUGGAACACCUGCUGCCUGGUUUGUGACGUUCAAGUUCCAAGUUGUUCAUGAACUAAGCUGUUCGAAAACCAAGGUACGACUGUACAGACCAGUAUCUAUGCCCUGCUUUAAGUGUUAAGCUUGGGCUGCUGCUUUUGCUGCAAGAGUAUAAGCUACUGUUUGUACUGUGGCCAGUGCAAGUUUUAUAGGAUGGUUGUUGCAUUUUCAUCCCAAUUGCUUUUAUGUGUGAGUCAUAGUGUACGCUUUCAAUUUUAGUGUGACUACAUCAACGUACCAACUACUGUGUUUACACCUCUGGAAUAUGGCUGUUGUGGAUUAUCGGAAGAACGAGCCAUUGAACAACUUGGACAAGACAAUUUAGAUGUGAGACUGAAAUCUUAAAACUUUGCAAUUAAAUAUGGGUGCUCUUUGGGGUAUUAAUAUAUGUGCAAUCAUACUGUGCCUCAUAAUCUAGUUUAUUUUUGUAGGAACAGUAGCUGACCUGAUAUAUUCUCCUUCCCGAAGAAAUCUCCACAGAAUUUUAGGAACUGUGUCCUCACAGCCCUGUUUCCCUAGCCCAGUGUUUUUACUGGUGGAAGGGUAGUCCCUAGCCCUCUGUUGAAGUUCACUCAUACACACAGGCAUUUUCCUUGACAACAUAAAUGUGGGGGUGGGGACAUUCUCCCACAUGCUUUUGUCCUUUUCCUUUUUGCAAGGAUAGGGAUAGCAGCUUCCCUUUCUUUUUCAUCCCGAGGGUGUAGGUUUCUGAGAUGCUUGCACACACCACUUUAGAGAUACUGUAAAAGUGCAAGGGAUAUUAUUAAAAGCGCAGUACAAAGUCAUUAAAGGGAAAACAAACUUUAAAGGCCUAAUUUUCUUUUCCAGGUGUAUCACGCGCUGUUCUGGCCACUUGAAUGGACAAUACCCAACAGAGACAACAACACUUGCUAUGGAAAAGUAAUCUGCAAUAAGCUUGACAAUGUACGUAUUCUGCUCUAAAAACAUUUGUUUUCUUGCAUAUUCAUAUUAUCCAAAAUAUAAACAAAGCCAGGGGACAUCCACUUCAAAGUUGUGUGGAUUGUUCUGCCCAGGGUGCUAAAAUGUGGGAACAGAGAGUUGCCCUAUAGUGAGUCAGACCAUAAAUCCAUCCAGUUCAGUAUUAUCUCCACUGACUGGCAGUGGCCGUCCAGAUUUUCAAGCAAGAGACUGCCCUAGUCGUACCUGAAAAUGCAAUAAAUUGAAUUUGGGACCUGCUGUAAGCAAAUGCUGUACCACACUGACCUACAGCCCUCCUCCAAGUGUACUGUAACUUAAUUUAUCUGUUCUAUUUUAAAACUGUACUAAAAGCAACUUGCGGCUUCUAAUUCCCUGGCUUUAUUUAGCUGCUGCUUAUUGAAGCCACAAAGCAGCUCAGCUUCUUGGAAGUGCCCAGCUGAAAAUACUCUAGUGGUACACAACGUGGGACAGCUAAUGAAGUUGUCUCACCCUAACUGGCUUGUAACCACAACCCUGUUGUCUAGACUAGAGUAGCCAAUGUAGUGCUCUCCAGAUGUUGUGGGUUACAACUCCACAACAUUCCCUAAACAUUCAACCCCUGAAUGGAUGGGGUUGAUGGGACUUACAGGUAGUCCAGAGUAUAUGGAGGGCAGCCCACUGGCUGUCACUGGUGUAGUGACACACUUUCAAUUAACAUAAACUCAUAGUGUAUUUUAAAGGUAAGCUUACAUAGUUCUAUGUGUAUUUAAGUUUGGGUCUGUAAGCAAAACUGCAUUCGUGCAUGAGGUCAAAACUCACUGUAUCACACUGGAAGCAGGAAUCUGGUCAAAGCUUUAUGAAAGAUGCUACUGCUCUUCUGAAAUGGUUUUCUUAAAGUAGUGUGAGAAAAUGUAUUCUUGUAUUCUGUUUUUACCAUGCGUAGCCUUCAUUAGUGGAGCUAAGUCAUCAAACUAAUUAUAGGAAGGAUGAAAACCAUCCUUCCUAUAAUUCCAACCAGCUUGUUGGGGUUAGACCUGUUCCAUAUACCUUUCACGUGGUGAACAAUAGAACUAACCCUUUUCAUUGGUUUCUGCCCAACUUCUCAUUAAUGUGAUGUAUCAGUGGUUAUCUUUAUUCUCAUUUAUUUGUACAGUGAGUGAAUACAUUUGUAUAUGAGCUUGUGGCUUAGAAAUGAAUAGAUACUAAUAAUUCAGUUUAAGUACUUUUAAUAGCGGUUCUAAGCAUCUCACUUUGUAUUUUUUCCUGUUCUCAAUUGGUGUAACAUACUAAGGUAGUGUCUGGUAUGGUGAAAUUGAUUGCCGUCUCUAUUCAUGUUGGAAUAUUGGAAACUUAUUCAAUAUUCAGAUUGCAGGGUUGUUUUUUUUGCAAAUGGUAUACCAGAAGUAGGCAGAACAACUAGCAAAUAAGCAGCUGCCUACAAUUUAAGGGAAAAUACUAACUGGGACAACUUACCUCUCUCUUCUCCCUCCUCCUCCCUUUUAAUUGAAGAACCGUGUGAUAGGAUUUCAUGUUCUUGGACCUAAUGCAGGGGAAAUUACACAAGGCUUUGGAGCAGCAAUGAAAUGUGGUCUCACAAAAGAAUUACUUAAUGAUACGAUUGGUAUACAUCCAACUUGUGCAGAGGUAAGAGUUUCAUUACCACUCUCAUCUUAUAACAUACGUUUGUGGCAUUUUGAACUGAUUUUCGUGUCUACAAUAGCUUAUCUCUUAAGGAUCUCCUAUCUUUAAACAAACAACCACUCCUUGUCCUGUUACAUCUCUUUGUUGCAACACGUUUUCUUUUUUCUGCCCACUCCCUUGUGAUUCUUCUCUAGAGACCUACAGUAUUUACCUUUUUCUCUCUCUUGGGGGUCCUGAGAUAAACACUGCCUAGGAGGCAUGACACUGAACAUUACUCUUUAAAACAAGUCUUUGAAAGCACGUUUAUAAAUUUUUGUGCUUAAAGAAUCACUGCUACCCUUUUUUUCUUACACAUUGGGGGUUGACGCUCACAGUAAGAGAAUUCUGUGUUGGGCUUUUAGUCAAAUUACACAGUUGCAGCAGGAAUGGUGUUGAAUGGAAUGUGGAUUUCUGAAUAGUAUUAAAAAUAAUAAUUUGUGGAUUUCCCCCCUCUCUUUCAGGUGUUUACUACAAUGGAUAUUACAAAGGCUUCGGGGCAAGAUAUCACUCAGAGUGGCUGCUGAGGUUAAACCCUGCUGUUUUAAACUGUUUCCUGUUGGUCCCACUUACCUAUGUUGAAGAUUUUAGGAAGCAUUCAGAUAUACACAGGUAAAUGAAUAUCUGAAUGCUGUAUUUUGCUACCACAGACAUUGAUUUUCUAAAACUUCAAUGGCAGGUGGUGGUGUCUGCAGGAAAUGGCAAAACAGCAGGGGGUAAACUUAAUCCUGACUUGCUUAGAAAUGGCACUAUUGUGUAUUUUUGAAGCUUUGGCUCUGAACCCCAUCUGGAGGCGAGUCAUGGCUGAUUACUUCUAUGCAAAGUUGGGAAAACCUAUUUGUCCAGUCAGUAGAGAUUCCUUCCAAAGGAACUUCUGAAUCAUCCAAGUGAAGUUUAAUUCUAUUAAUUUCAGGGCUUUUGUACAAAUGCAAUGGGCAGAGUGAAUGUAUAGUUAAUAACAUUGGCUAGCAACAGCCAUUGACCUUGAUGGGUCAGUAGUGCAUUUUGUUAAUUGUUAACCUGAAUGGUGAGAUAUGUUUGCAAUGUCUAUAAAUAUCCCUGUUUACACGGUCGUAAGUUGGAGAGCGAGUUUACGAAGUUAAUGUGUUAUGUCCCCAUAUGCAUCAUAGCUCACAGGACACAUAAUGGGAUGACUUGAUUAUUUUAUCAAUAGGUACUUGGUCACCAGAGAAAGCAGUCAUCCUAAGUCACAAAAUUAUCGCUUACAAUUUUUGGGGGGGGGGGGUUCUCUAGUUUUUCCUUAAUAACUUUACCCCUGAUUUUAGCCCCGUAGUUAACUACUCAGAAAAAAAAAUUCCCAAGUAGAGUCAAAAUUGUUUCAUGGUAAUAUUAAUAUGUUCCCUUUUUAUGCAAUAAGUGCAUUGUUUCAGCCAUAAAAUGGAAUGCAUUUGGUCUAGAUUACUUGUAUGCAGGCGAUUAGCUUGAACUUUGUCAUAGCAAUAAACACUGGUUUAUUGUGCUUUAUAAAAAUUCCAGUACAGUGAAAACCUGAAGCCCCAUUGGCAUUCCCUACUUACUUUGAGGAAUGUAUACUUGAGUUUAGUUUAUUCUGUGAUUAAAAAGUAUCUUCUGAAAUGCAUUAUUUCAUUAUCUGUUCAUUAUCAUAUGAACAGGUUUUUUUAUCUAUUUAUGGUGUAUCAUGAAUUUAAAGUUCAGUAAAUGAGCAAUGUAAUGUGUUGUGCACUGUCUCAUUCCUGAGGAAAAACUUACCUCUUUUCAAAGAGAAAUAUCUCUUAAAACUCAACAUUUGGAGACCCAGAAAAGCUUAUGGGAUGGGCAUGUUACUUCCCCACGCCCCACCAAUCAUAAAAAAGCAUCGUCCAACAGUAUGAGCAGUCUAGCCUUAAUGGCAAUCAUCGUCUUUUCUCUUACUGGGGUACUGAGAUGGUGGGUGAGGAAAAUGGCACAAAACCCAAUGUUUUAAAAGGGUGCUUUAAUAGUGGUGUUGGAAAUAUUUUAAAUACAGAAACUUGAAGCCCUCGGUUUUUCAAAUGCGCAGAAAUUCUAAGUGUAAAAUUUGCUGUUGCUGUCCCUCUUAACUUAAGGGUGCUCCAGCUGUCUGCUAAUGUAAGAGGAGGAGGAGGUGCCUGCUGAGUCAGUGAGCUACAGCUGUUUUACCAAGAUGUAAAAAAAUAUUUUAAAACAAAAGUCUGUUGCCCACAAAGGGAAUAUUAAUAGCAACAUCAGACAUCAGAAGUUUUACAUGCCUUACUGGAGGCAACUGCUAGAUAGCAGAUGUGAUUCAGAACAGAUUUAGCAGGAAGAAGACGAUGUCAUUACACUGAAAAUAUUAGCAGCAUGUGAAUAAUUCCAAAUUAAAAUCAAAGUAUCAGUGCAAUUUAAAUUUCCGCCUUUCUCCCUGCUUAUGCACCACCCUUUUACUUAUCAGUGAUUUUAAACCUUUUUUUUUCUUUUUUGUCAUAAGCAGGGAUAAACAUGGGCAAACUUUUUCUGUAAGUUGACUGAAUGCUAAUAUGCUCUUCUGAUUCCAUAACCUUCCAUGUUAUUCAUUAGGCUAGUUCUCCUUGGGGCUUCUUCACAAGCGUAUACGCACAAAGGAAAAAACUGCACACUAAGGCAAAGCAAAUUUUGUAGUGUGGCACACACUUCAUGUAUACAUGCGCGCGCACACGCACACAAGUUUACCCUGUGGGAAGGAUUGCAACAGAGGGAUGCAGGCCAAGACCCACUCUGAGCCUGUGCCAGCUGGACUGUCCCGUGCUGCAGAGUCUUUCUAGUACCAACUGCCCUGUGACCUUCUUGUAUGUUCAUAUCUUGUGUGUGUUUAUAAAAUUGUAAUGUUAAUUUGUAUGCCACCUUGGAAGGCUUUGUAUCCUGAAAGGUAUAAUAUUACAAAUUGUAAAAAAUAAAGAAAAUUGAAGCAGUU